AAAAGUUCCAAUAUUAACUUUUUGACUAAUUAUUUUUUGUCGACAAAGUAAGUGAAAAUGUUGACAUUAUCUGUUAAUACUAAAACUUAUUGAUACAAAAUCCUAAUCCGUUCUUCCAUUAGUCAAAUGAAACUUCAUCAUUGCCUUCGGUUCCUCCGCUCACUCUCACUCUUACUUAAGCUUUCUUCCUCCUCAGAAGCUAAACGCAUAAAAUAUAGUUAGCGUCUCCAAAACGCAUCUUUCGAAUCUCUGCGUUUCCCGUUGCAGCGUUCCCGGCGAUGGUUCUCCAAGCUACCACUACGUUCUGCUUCUCCGGUCCUACUCUCCGAUCAAUUCCUCCUGAUUCACUAACUUCAAAGCGUCGUAUCUCCAUUAAAGCUUCUUCUUCUUCUCCGCCGCUUCUCUCGGUUUCACGAUCUAAUCUCAAAGGAAGAGCAUUUUCUAGCGAUGGCUCAACACAAGACUCUCCCUCUGUGGUCUGUUUCGGUGAAAUGCUGAUCGAUUUCGUACCAACGACAAGUGGACUUUCUUUGGCCGAUGCACCAGCUUUCAAGAAAGCUCCCGGUGGGGCUCCAGCGAAUGUAGCUGUAGGUAUAGCUCGUCUAGGAGGUUCAUCAGCUUUCAUUGGGAAGGUUGGUGAAGAUGAGUUUGGUUAUAUGCUUGCAAACAUUCUAAAGGAUAACAACGUGAACAGUGAUGGUAUGCGUUUUGAUCCUGGAGCAAGAACUGCUUUAGCGUUUGUGACUUUGACAAGCGAAGGCGAACGCGAGUUCAUGUUCUAUCGAAACCCAAGUGCUGAUAUGCUGUUACAAGAAUCUGAGCUUGAUUUGGAUUUGAUUAAAAAGGCAAAGAUAUUUCAUUACGGUUCAAUAAGUCUAAUCACCGAACCAUGCAAAUCUGCACACCUUGCUGCAGCAAAGGCAGCUAAAGAAGCUGGUGUGAUUCUUUCAUACGACCCAAACCUUAGGCUCCCAUUGUGGCCUUCUGCAGAUAACGCUAGGGAAGAGAUUCUUAGCAUUUGGGACACUGCUGAUAUCAUAAAGAUAAGCGAAGAGGAGAUUGAGUUUCUAACAAAAGGAGAAGAUCCUUAUGAUGAUACCGUCGUUAGAAAGCUGUUCCAUCCUGAGAUGAAACUACUUAUUGUCACCGAAGGACCUGAAGGAUGUCGUUACUACACUAAGGAUUUUAGUGGGAGAGUUCAUGGAUUGAGAGUUGAAGUUGUGGACACAACAGGUGCUGGAGAUGCGUUUGUUGCCGGAAUACUAUCGCAACUAGCGAAUGAUCUCUCUUUGCUUCAGGACGAAGAGAGACUGAGAAAGGCCCUAAUGUUUGCGAAUGCGUGCGGGGCCUUAACCGUUAAAGAGAGAGGCGCGAUACCAGCACUUCCCACGAAAGAAGCUGUUCUUGAUGCUCUGCUCAAAACUGUCAUGUAGUUUUGAUUCUUUCCUUCCAAAUCUGUAUUUGUUGUAACAUAGCUGUUUAAUUUAAUCCCUCCAUUGUUUUUACAACUUGUAGCUUAAGUAAACUAAGCCUGUUUCAUGUCUAAGUCAAACAAUAAUCUUAUUCUAAAGUUUUGUGAAUUACAAGAAAUCAAAUAAUUAUAUAGAGAAAAAACGAA